GCAAAACAAACAGCAGGGACCAGGCGCAGCAGCAGCUGGAGUCUCGUGCUGCGGAGGGUCCAAUAAGCUUUAUUCUACCUCAGUAAUUAAAACGUCUUUUUUUUAAAAAAAUUGUUUCUUUCUUUUUUUUCUUUUUUUUUUUUUGCGGGAAACCGAGGUGAAACGCUACGUCACCGAACAAUAGCACGAGACACACCGGUGCGCGAGACCUGCUGCACUUUGUAAACGCGGAAGUUGAGUGAGAAAGCGAUGAAGAGGAGUCGGCUGCUGGCUGUGCUGGUGGGCGGAGUCUUCUGUGUUGCAGUGAUGUCACUGUACCGUAUGCUGGAGCUGAUGCAGGGGGCGGAGCUUCAACAACACCGGGUGACACCUGCUGGACGGGUGGAUGACCAGGAUUUGUCCCGCCUCCAGCAGAAGAUUGACAGGUUGGAGCGUCUCCUUAGGGACAACAACCGUCUGGUUGCUGCGCUGCGUGACUCUCUGCUCCGCCGCAAAGCAUCAUGGGAAACGGGAGGAGGGGCCAAUAUCAGCUCAGACUCCGCCCACAGCCGAGCCGAAGCGCUGCCUGGCUGCCGAUUGGCUGAAGAGAAGAAGGACGGAACAGACCGAGUGCAGCUGCUGGAUGUUUAUGACCUCCUGCCUUUUGAUAAUGUCGACGGCGGCGCCUGGAAACAAGGUUUUGAGAUCCAUUACCAAGGCGACGAGUGGGACAAGCAGCCGCUGGAACUUUUCCUGGUUCCUCAUUCACACAACGACCCCGGCUGGCUGAAGACGUUUGACAGUUACUAUGACGACCAGACCAAACACAUCCUCAACAACAUGCUGAUCAAACUGACUGAAGACAGCAGGAGGAAGAUGAUUUGGGCCGAAAUCAGUUAUUUCUCCAAAUGGUGGAAUGACAUUGACGAGCAGAAGAGAGCGAUGGUCAAACGCCUGGUGGGGGCGGGACAGUUGGAGCUGGUGACGGGCGGCUGGGUGAUGGCGGACGAAGCAAGCUCUCACUACUUCGCUCUGUUGGAUCAGCUGAUCGAGGGCCACCAGUGGCUCCAGCGACACCUGGGUGUGAAGCCGAAGAGCGGCUGGGCCGUGGAUCCAUUUGGCCACUCCCCCUCGAUGACCUACCUGCUGAAGGGGGCGGGGCUCAGCAACAUGGUCAUCCAACGCGUUCACUAUGCCGUCAAGAAGCACUUCGCCCAACAACAGACCCUGGAGUUUCUAUGGCGACAGAGCUGGGACUCCUCCCCCCGCAGUGACAUCACGUGUCACAUGAUGCCAUUCUACAGUUAUGACGUACCGCACACGUGCGGUCCGAACCCGGCGGUCUGCUGUCAGUUUGAUUUCCACCGCCUGCCAGGAGGGCGGGUCUUCUGUCCAUGGAGGAUACCGCCGCAGCCAAUCACAGAGCAGAACGUCCAGGAGAGAGCUGUCCUCCUGUUGGAUCAGUACCGGCAGAAGUCUCGUCUGUUUCGAUCUCCGGUUCUUCUCGUCCCGCUUGGUGACGACUUUCGCUUCACGGAGUCGAGUGAGUGGGACGCUCAGUUCAGUAACUACCAGAAACUCUUCGACUACUUCGACCAGCACCCGGAGCUCCACGUCAAGGCUCGUUUCGGGACUCUGUCCGAUUACUUUGAAGCUCUUCAUCGGCGUUUGAGCACUGCAGGAGCGACUCUGCCGACACUCAGCGGCGACUUCUUCACAUACGCCGACCGUGACGAUCAUUACUGGAGCGGAUACUUCACCUCAAGACCAUUUUACAAACGCCUCGACAGAACGCUUGAGGCCACGCUCAGAGCGACAGAAAUCCUCUUCAGCUUGACUUUGGCUGAAAUGCGUCGUUUCCGGGGCGAUGGUCGUCUGGUCCCAGAUUUUCCAGCACGCAAACACUUCCAGCGUUUAAUGGCGGGGAGGCGAAGCCUGGCAUUGUUCCAGCAUCAUGACGCUGUCACCGGCACCGCUCGUGACCCUGUCGUGGUCGACUAUGGCACCAGGUUGUUUCACUCGAUCCUGAACCUGCGCCAGGUGCUGCAGAGCUCCGCCCACUGGCUGCUCCUGCUGGACAAGAACCAGUACCACCACGACCAAUCAAAACCCUUCAUGCAAAUGGAUGAUGUCAUGUCAGCGCACGACGCUCUGCCUCACAAGACGCCCCUCACACUCAGUGAUGAACCCAGGUCAUUGAUCAUCUUUAACCCAACGGAGCAACUUCGUAUGUCCGUCAUCAGCGUUGUCAUCGACUCUCCAGACGCUCAUGUUGUUGAGGCAGAAACAGGUCGACCAAUGGCUGCACAGAUCUCCGCUGUGUGGGCGGAGCCGAGCCGGGCGUCCACAGAAUCCUUCCAGCUUGACUUCGUGGCCGAACUUCCUCCUCUGUCACUCGUCGUGUAUCAUGUGACCAAAGCCUCUUCUGGCUCCGCCCACCGGGUUCAUUACACCUUCCGUCGCCGUGGCAACCCACCGACCAUCCAGGCCGAACACUUCCAGGUGUCCCUCCCAGAAGGACCUGAGGCCGACGCCCCCUUGUCGCUCAGCAACAAACACGUCCAAACAUGGAGCUCCCCAGAAACCGGCCUGCUGCAGAACCUCCGUCUGCAGUCCGGUCUGCUCCGUCAGCUCCACGUCCAGUUUCUGUGGUACGGAACCAGAACCAGAGCCAACCGGGACAAGAGCGGAGCCUACCUGUUCCUGCCAGGGGAGGAGGGGGCCCAGGUAAGACCACAACCACAACCAUUUAGAACCAGAACCAGAACUAUAAGUACAUUUAGAACCAGAUCCACAACCAGAACUAUAAAAGGGCAUGCUGGGAGAUCCCUGGAGAUUUCCAACAAGGUAGACAUCAGGUCAGAGGUCAACCGUGAGCUUGUCAUGAGGCUCAUCAGCAACGUCGCCAGCAGCAACCGUUUCUUCACUGACCUCAACAGUUUCCAGAUGCAGCAGCGUCGGACCCUGUCGAAGCUCCCCCUGCAGGCCAACUUUUACCCGAUGAGCUCCGCGGCGUUCCUGCAGGAUUCAACGUCUCGUCUGUCUCUGCUGUCGGCUCAGAGUCAGGCCGUCGCGUCUCUUAGACCAGGUGAGCUGGAGGUGGUGUUGGACCGGCGGCUGCAGCAGGACGAUAACCGCGGCCUCGGUCAGGGCGUCACCGACAACAAGCUGACAGCAAGUCUCUACAACCUGCUGCUGGAGGACAGGAGGGGCGGGCCUCAGGAAGUGGGAGGAGCCUCAGUUGAACAUCUGUCACUGCUCGCCCACCUGACCUCGCUCUCCCUCAGCCACCCACCAAUCACCAUGGUUGCCCCUAGCAACAGUCAGGUGCCAAAGCUCCGCCCCUUCCUGCCGCUCCACUCAUCGCUGCCGUGUGACGUUCACCUGCUGAACCUGAGGACGCUGGAGGACUCGCAGGAAGCAGAAAGUCCAUCACAGGAAGUGGCCCUCCUCCUCCACAGGAAGGGCUUUGAUUGUAGCUCCACCCCUGAGCCACCACUGCAGUGCACAUGGAGUGUGCACGAGGAGGUGAAUCUGGACGAUCUUUUCUCUCCUCUUCAGUUUGGUUCCGUCCGCCGGUCAGGUCUCACUCUGCUGCAAGAAGACGAUGAACCUGAAUCCGCCCGGCAACAGCAGCCGCCACACAUCACUCACCUUCGACCAAUGGAAAUCAGCGCUUUCCGCGUGGAGCUCAACUGAAAAGUUCAAAUUCAACCUGAGAACUGUUCCAGUGUUGGAUCUGUGACACCACGAGCCGCCAAUCAGAAACUACGUACAGGAAGUGUGAUGUCAAAUAUAAGGCAGAUCGUUGGAUCAACAUUAAAAUCUCACCAAAAUAAAUCAAACAGAACUUCAAAAUAAAACUAAAAAUUGAAACUAAAAGUCAGUUUGAAAUGAAAAGAAAAAAAUUCAAUCAGCUGUGAAGCUCUGCAGAGAUGAGAAGUUCAAGAUGAAAAUAUACAGAUGGACACGGUGCCGGCGUCACUGUGGGAAAAAAGCAAAACACAAAAAUCAAAUCUUUAAAAUGAUAAAACAAAAACUAAAAGUGUCUGAAUGAAGCAGUUUAAUCUUCUCUGUGAUUGGUCGGUCAGAUUGACACAUUAAAGGUCAACAAAAUGUGACAAUAUUUACAAUAUGAAAAUAUUCUUCUGUAAGCUAAAGGGUCAAUGUGAAGGUCAAAGGUCAAAUGUGAAGGUCAAAGAUAGAAAUACAUGUUUGAUUUGAAUGAAGAGAGGAACACUGAAAUUUAACUUACGUUACUACGGCAACAAAAAGGGACCGAGUCACUGAAUGUUUUUAAAUGUGUGUGUGUGUGUGUGUGUGUGUGUGUGUGUGUGUGUGUUUGUUUCAGAUGAACGUGGAAUUAUGGGUAACACUGAUGUUCAAACACGCUGUUUAAAUGUUCAAACAUGCUGUUUAAAUGUUCAAACAUUCUGUUUAAAUGUUUAAACAUGCUGUUUAAAUGUUCAAACACACUGUUUAAAUGUUCAAACACGCUGUUUAAAUGUUCAAACAUGCUGUUUAAAUGUUCAAACAUGCUGUUUAAAUGUUCAAACACGCUGUUUAAAUGUUCAAACAUGCUGUUUAAAUGAUUUUUUUGUUGUAAUUUUCUGAAUUUGCUGUGAAAAGUUGGGAAACUAUGAAAUCUACUGGAUAUAUCAUUAUUAUUAUUUUAAUUCUGAAAUUCUGUAUUUUCUGUGAACAGAUUUUUUGAUGAAACAUGAAGUAUUUAAAAUUAUUUUUGGAAAAGGUUUCUUUUUUAUUUCGUGAAUGUU